ACAUCCCUGCCUCCCUCCCUCCAUCCCCGCCUGCCUCGCCCGCUGCUCGGGGACGCUGCUGGCAGCGCUGCGGGGGCUGCGGCGGCCGCGUCCGGCCCCACACCCGCGGGACAAGGGCUGGAGGCGCCCCCAGGUCCGUCCCCAUCCCGAUCCGAGCCCGGGGCAGGCAGCAGCCAUGACCCAGGGGAAGCUCUCUGUGAACAGCAAACCCCCCAGCUCUGAGGGGCAGGGGGACAAGAAGGACAAUGGCUCAGCCCCCCCGGCGCCCCCGUCCUACGAGGAGGCCACGGCGGGAGAAGGGAUCAAAGCCGGGGCUUUCCCUGCCCCGCCCGCGGCCCCGCUCCACCCCAGCUGGGCAUACGUGGAUCCCAGCAGCAGCCCCAGCUACGGCAGCGGAGGGUACCCGGGGGACACGGAGCUGCUCACCACCUUCAGCUGGGACGACCGCAACGUGCGCAGGGUGUUCAUCAGGAAGGUGUACGCCAUCCUGAUGGUCCAGCUCCUGGUCACCGUUGUCAUCGUGGCUUUCUUCACCUUCUGUGAACCAGUCAAGGGCUACAUCCAGACCCACUCUGCCUGGUACUGGGCUUCCUACGCCGUUUUCUUCGUCACCUACCUGAUCCUCGCCUGCUGCUCCGGGCCCAGGAGAUACUUCCCAUGGAACCUGAUCCUGCUCAGCAUCUUUACCCUGUCCAUGGCCUAUCUCACUGCCAUGCUCUCCAGCUACUACAACACCAAGUCGGUGCUGCUGUGCCUGGGGAUCACGGCCCUGGUCUGUCUGUCUGUCACCAUCUUCAGCUUCCAGAGCAAGUUCGACUUCACCUCGUACCAGGGCGUUCUCUUCGUGCUGCUCAUGGUGCUGUUCCUGGGGGGGCUGGUCCUGGCUGUCAUCCUGCCCUACCAAUACGUCCCGUGGCUCCACGCGAUCUACGCUCUGCUCGGGGCUGGGAUCUUCACCAUGUUCCUGGCCCUGGACACGCAGAUGCUGAUGGGGAACCGCCGCUACUCGCUGAGCCCCGAGGAAUACAUCUUUGGAGCCCUCAACAUCUACCUGGACAUCAUCUACAUCUUCUCCUUCUUCCUGCAGUUCUUUGGCUCCAGCCAGGAGUGAGGGCAGCGGGGCAGGAUGCUCCCCGUGCUGGCAAAUGUGAGGGGUUAAAUGGAAAAGCAGAGGUGAAAGGGUUCAAACCCGCCAGCCUGACCCAAUCCCUCCCUUUCUGGUCCAUCUGAGGGGCCCCAGGCCCCUCCUGCAGCUUUGUACAUUUGCUGCCAGGCCUUUGUGACCCAGAGAGCAAAGCAGGGCUUCAGUGUCGUGUCCCUUCUGCUCCCCCCAGUCCCGCCCAGCCCAGUGCAGAGGCUGGGGCAGAGACUGGGACCUUCCCAGCCCCAGGGGCUGCUGGAGGUGCCCUCUGAGUGCUGCCCAUCACGGGGUGAGAGCUGUGACCAAGCAGCAGAGAGGGCAGCAGAGCAGGGAGUUUGGUGAGAUCCUGGCAGGAAAAGCCUUGGGGAAUCCUGGCAUUGCCCUGUUCCCCACAAUCCAUUGGAGCUCGGUGGCCUCUGUGCUAUUCCUGGUGACUCCUGCUGUUGGAAAGGUGGAGUGUGGGAUCACGUAGCUGGAUUUCAGUGCUCCAGGCACAGGGAACCUGUUUGUUCAGGACGUGCAGCUCUCUGAGGUCAUCCCUGGUGCCACUGCGGGGAAAAUUCCCCUGGAUCCCUUGCAUCUGGCUGAGUGCCCUUCCCUUCCCUUCCCUUCCCUUCCCUUCCCUUCCCUUCCCUUCCCUUCCCUU